ACUUCAAACCAAGAAUGAUUCGCAAUCUUUUCUCAUCCCUGACUCAACGAUUCGCCUGGCGGAUUCCGAUUUUCGUACAGGGCGUGACGUUGACGUUUUUUCUGACGAUCAUGGUCGCGAUCAUCUUUCUCGCGACGGAAUUCGCAUUCGCUAUUUACCCUUCUUCUUCUUCUUCUUCUUCUUCUUCUUCUUCUUCUUCUUCUUCUUCUUCUUUCGUGGGGUUCUCCUCGCGGCGGUGCGGUUCCGACGCAGCAGUUUUGGUUCCGUUGGAUCUUCCUACGGAGAUGAUCUGUUUGCCGGCGAAUCUUUUUCGGAGGUCGAAGAUGGACUUAGUUGUGUCGCCGGUUUUUGCAGCGAUUGUUGUGGCUCUUUCCGCCGUCUUCGUACGAACUAUAGGCCUUUGGGAGGCUGAAGAAACCCAUUAA